AUGAAUUGUUUAGAGGAACGAGUUACUGCGAGUAAAAGCUUGCCGGGUUCCACUCUCAAGUUCAGUGGUGACAAGAAACAGUUCCUCGAGCACCUGCGUAUGGCUCUGUUCGCCAGCAAGAUAAUAUCUUACGCGCAAGGCUUCAUGCUCCUCAGAGAGGCUGCUAAGGAUAACAAAUGGAAUUUGAACUAUGGAAGCAUAGCUCUCAUGUGGCGUGGAGGUUGUAUCAUUAGAAGUGUAUUCCUCGGCAAUAUUAAGGAGGCGUACACGAAGAAUCCUCAACUGACUAAUCUGCUGCUAGACCCUUACUUCUGCGAGCGCAUUAGCAGCUGUCAGCCGUCCCUGCGUCAGGUCGUGGCUCAGGCGGCUUUGCUCGGAGUGCCCGUUCCCGCUUUUAGCGCUGCACUCGCUUUCUAUGACGGAUACCGUGCCAAUAUGUUGCCGGCUAAUCUAUUGCAGGCGCAAAGGGACUAUUUUGGCGCUCAUACUUAUGAGCUGUUGACUAAGCCCGGAAACUUCAUUCAUACCAAUUGGACUGGCCAUGGCGGAAAUGUCUCUGCCUCUACUUAUAAUAAGUAA